GGUACAUAGUGACUUCACAAUAUAGAAUUGUUCGCAAUUCGGCAUCGAAACCGUCACCCGCUCCUCACCCCAGACCAGUCACCCCCAGACCAGUCAGUGCGGGGACAGGCCUCCAAUUUUCGUCUGCAAGUGCCGACCCGUCGCUGUGGUUCCAGAGCGCGGGCACCCGGCAAACAGCCAGUUUCCGACGACCGCUCACGCUGCCAUCAAGGUGGGAUGAUGCAACACACCCGUCGGCAUGAAGAUCUACUUUCCUGGUCCCACGGCGUGAAACCCUCAGACUGGCGCAGCAAAAGGGAACGGCUCACCGGCUGUUUCAACAAUCCCUCACCCCAAGGGCGAUCUGCCGAAAGGUUGCUGUGCCGAGUUCGAGCUGAACAGCCAAUCCAGUAUCCAGUACAGACGAGCUCGAGGCAGGGUCCCAGCAGUUUCACGGCAAUCGCGCCUCUCUACUAUCUAUCUAAAUGCAACACUGCGAUUCUGCGCCGACGGUGGACAAUUAGGAUAUGUCUCUGUCCCUGCGCCCGUGCUUGCUAAACCUUCACACCCACAAACAGACCCGAACGUCUGCUUGCGCCCACCCUCAGGAGUAGUUCCAAGGUCACCCAAGAAUGGCGUCGGGGAGCUCAGUGGACCUGAGCUCGGAGCAGGCGAGGAAGCUGCAGUUGCCUGCCAGCUGCGACCCGCCCCAACCAGGCAGUCCCACGAAGCAGCAAGUAUGGGUGGUCUUUGGUGGCACCGGUCACAUGGGCCGGUCCCUGGUGAGGAGCGCACUUUCACACGGAGACCUCGUCGUCAGCGUAGGGCGCAACUUCGAGCCACCCCAGCCCAGCGACCCCAACCUGCAGGAUCAUUGCCUCCACCUGCAAUGCGAUGUGAGGGACCGGGGCUCGGUGUCCCGCGUCUACGAGCGCGCCCUGGAGCGCUUCGGGCGCGUCGACAUCGUGGCCAACUGCUCCGGCUACGGCGUCAUCGGCGCGUGCGAGGAUCAGGACGAGCACGAGAUCCGCAACCAGUUUGAGACCAACUUCAUGGGCACCCUGCAUAUCCUCCAGGCUAUCCUGCCCUACUUCCGGCAGCAGCAGGCCGGCCGCUACCUCAUCUUCAGCUCUACCUCGGGGGCCCUGGGCGUGCCCGGGCUGGGCCCGUACUGCGCGACGAAAUACGCCGUUGAGGGCCUCAUCGAGGCGAUGCUGUACGAGAUCGACGCGUUCAACCUCAAGGCCACGCUGGUAGAGCCCGGCCUGGUCCGAAGGGACGAGCCGGACGAGCAGACCAACCCGCUGCCGACCUGGGGUCAUUUUCUUAUCAAGCCCGCCAGCGAGCCAUAUGGCCAGGACUCAUCCCCAGCCCUGCACGCGAAAAGGAUGGUGACAUGGCUGGGGGACAGGCAGCCCACGAGUGCGGUCAAGUGCGCCGAACUGGUCUGGCAGCUGGGCCACUGCUCGUACCCCCCGCUGAGGCUGCUGCUUGGCAGCUACGCGAUCGAGAGCAUCCGGGACAGGCUGAGGUCGGUGACGGAGGAGAUUGAGGAUUGGAAGCACCUGAACUUUCCCGUGCCGCCGGGGGAGGAGGGCUCGCCUGAGGCUGGGGAUAAGAAGCCCAUCAAGGAGGAGGCAGGCGAGGAGAGGGGCGAAGACCCCGCUGAAUUGACAGAUCAGGGGGAUACUAUCAUGGCUGCUUCAUAGGGGUUAUGGACAGGACUCUAGAACACGGCAAACAGGACGCAAAACUAGCAACGAGAUAACGGGUGGACAUUACUAUGCUUAAUCACCAUUGGAGUUUCAGAAAUUUUGUAUGGACGCACUCAUUCUCUACACUGACACGUCUCGAAGGGGAUGCAUCGCGUGGGACACAGCAGUUCAGACAGACACGAGAACAUGACAAUCUAUCUAUUCGCAGCACCUCACUACUGUUCAUAUUCCGCAGACCAUGCCAUGCGGAUCUCGUCGUCGUAUUCAU